AUGUCAUCCUUCCAGGUGGUGGACUGUUCGCCAGGCAGCAGCGUCAGCUUAAUGGAAACAUCCAAUUUUGCCCACGUCAUCUUCCAAAAUGUGGGGAAAAGUUUCCUGCCCCAGGCGCCUCUGGAGUGUCGCUACACCCUGACCCCGUACAUUGCACCCCACCCCAAAGACUGGGUGGGAAUCUUCAAGGUGGGUUGGAGCACUGCCAGAGAUUACUACACCUUCCUCUGGUCUCCCAUGCCUGAAAACUAUGAACCCGGAAGUACUGUACACAGGACUGUGGUGUUUCAAGGUUAUUACGUGCCCAAAUCUGAUGGAGAGUUUUACCAGUUCUGUUAUGUCACACACACUGGGGACAUCAGAGGAGCGAGCACACCGUUUCAGUUCAGGUCAGCCACGCCCACUGAAGAUUUGUUGACUGUUACCGAGGACGACAGCAACUCUGACAUUCUGGUUGUCACCACAAAAACCGGCCUGCUGGAGCGAGUGGAGGAGGCUCAACAGGAGCGCCGGGAACUGCUGAAGGCCAUGAGACUCCUGCAGGAGGAGAAACAACAGCUACAAGAGGAACAGAAACGACUAGCCAGGGAAAGGGAGCAGGAGAGGGAGACGUGCUGCCUGCUGAGGACGCACAACCAGGAUCUGCUGCGCUCCUCACAGGGGCUAUCAGAGGAGAGGGAGGAGGUGAGGAAAAGGCUGACGGAGGCCACAGACCGCGUCCGUCAGCUGGAGGAGGACCUGCUGGGAGUCACUCAGAGAGGCCUGCAAAAGGAAACGGAGCUCGAUUGUCUGCGUGACCGUCUGAAGAAGCUGACAGCAGAGAGAGACAGUCUGGAGAACCAGCUUAAGAAUGAGAAGGAUGAGAGGGAUCUGUACAAGGCUCACCUGCGCAGCACAGAACUGGAGAACACUAAGCUAAGCGCAGAGCUCCAGAUGUUGAAAGCGGUGGAGUUGAACCGGGAGGUGACCAUCGCACAGUUCCAGGAGGAGCUGGACCGGCUCAGAGCCUGUGUGUCCCAGAGAGACAGCCUGGAGAAAGAGCUGCUGGCUCACAAGACUGACAAGGCGGAGCUGGCCCGUGUACGUGAGCAGCUCCGUCAGGCUGAGGAACAGCUGCAGGCGUCCCGGCAGCAGGCCUCGCUGCUGGCCUCAGAACUCCGUGACUCCGCCAGCUCCCGCGACCACACCAUGACUGAGCUGUACCGCGCACGGUUGGAGGCUGACAAGCUCCGUGCCAGCCUUGCCGAUGCUCAGGCUGAGUGCCAACGAGUGGAGGACCAGUUAGACCGCAUGAGGUCCAUGGCACAGAAAGACGUGGGUGUGGGGACCAGUGGCGAGGUGAACGCCAGUGUGAUGGUGGUGUCAGAGACUGAAGCCGAGCUGCAGAGGGAGGUGGAGGAGCUUAAGCUGCGUCUCCACAUGGCUGCUGAACACUACAAGGAGAAAUACAGGGAGUGUCAGCGCCUCCGCAGGCAGGUGGCCAAACUGAACACAACUGAGUCACAGGGGGAGCCAAAAAGAAAUGUCUCCACGGAGACCACACAAGAACCACUGACCUCUAGUCCAGAAUCCCCAACAGAGGGGAACAUCGCCUGUGCUAUUCUACAAGAAGCCGUCGAAAUGACUACCACAGCUGAGCUCCUGUACAGUGAACCUGUGAACACUGACCAACCUGGAACAGUGGAGAAACUGACGCAGAAUGUAAGUGAGGCAGAGGCUGAGCCUGAGGUGGAGGACAACCAGAAGGAGGAGAAUAAUAUGAAGGAGAAAGACGACGAGGAGAAGAAGGACGAGAGACCUCAAGAGGAGAGCCUGAAGUUGACAAGCUGGGUGGAGGUGGAGAACGACGGCGAGAGUCCUGAGGUGGAAAUAGAACCACAGGUAACGGAGGUGAGCGAAGAUGUGGAGGCACAGAUGCUGCUGGAGAUGGAGGGGAGGACCACAGUGGAGGCGGAGGAAGAAGAGCAAACGCGCUCCGUGGAGGAGGAGCUGGCAAUGAUGGAGGAGAAGUGGAAGGAGCAGUGCGCUAUCAACGAGACGCUCAAGCAGCGGCUGGCCAAUGAGGAGGAGCGAUUCAGAGUGCAGAUGGCGGAGAGAGCCAACGAGGUGACGGAGCUGAAACGUGACCUUGCUCAGGCUCUAAGAGACAAAGAGCAGCUGCAGGAGGAGCUGCGGCGUUACGUCUGCAGACAGAGGGAGCAGGAGGCCGCCGAAGUCAAACAGCCAAUGGUGAUGCGUUACCCGCUACCCUAUCCCCAGGACCCCUCCCCUCCACCACUGGUGCCACAGCAGCCUGCUGAGCUGCAGUUUGGGAAUCCCUACUCCACUGACACAACAAGAGACCACUUGGAUUUUGCUCAGUCUCCUGAGGACACGUCCCUUUCUCCGGCAGAGACUGCACCCAGCGCUCCCCCCUGCGCGCCCCCCAUCACACCACGGAGCCCUGAACCCGCUUCACCUGGCUGGGACCAGGAGGUGGUCUGUAUCCAGCCGGCUCGCAGCUCCACUCCCCCCGAGAACCUGGAGCAUUCAGCAGAGGAUCCCAGAACUGUGGCAGAUGGAGCUCGGUCAGCGUGCGAUCAUCAGUCCAGUCGUACUGACGCCAGAAGCAGCUUCUGCUUUGACUCCAGUAACGACAUCCACAAGCGCUGCCCUCUGUGCGAAGUUAUAUUUCCUCCGCACUUCGAGCAGCGCAGCUUCGAGCAGCACGUGGAGAGUCACUGGAAGAUCUGCCCCGUCUGCUCCGAGCAGUUCCCCCUCAACUGUCAGCAGCAGCUCUUCGAGAGGCACGUCCUCACGCACUUUGACGGCCACGUGCUCAACUUCGAUCAGAUCGAGUGAAGGCCCAGCGGGCGUCGGAUUAUUGACAUGAAUUGUGGGUAAAUAUAUGACAUUAACGAAGAGUUAAGUUCCAAUUCAGUUGUCUUGUUGAUAUACAAUCAUUUUAGCACUUUAUGGUUUUCAAAUCGAAAAGAAUGUCAAGUCGGUAAGUCGUUCACGUGACGCUUUUUCACCGCCGAGUUUAUGUAUUGUGUUUCUCUUGGUCACAAAACAGUGGGGAGAAACAGAAGGACAAUAAUAUAAAAAAAAAUGUGAUGUGAUUGUUUCUCCUUUUUAAAAAAUGAUUUUUAUUUGCAUUUUUACUUUACGCUUUAACUGUGUCUUUGCAGACGUUCAGAGAGUAGGAGUAUCUGGAGUAAAGCUGAGAAAGUACUUCAUUCUUUUAUAUUUUGGAAAAGAUAAGAAAAUGAAUUGUUGUGUAAAUUCAGACGGAGGUAUGAAAAUGAUUUAUGUUUUAAAGAAUCACUAAAGUCAGUAUAUACAGUGUGAGCUUGAAGCAGAGGGUAGAAGAGUUUUUAUUAUUAUUAUUAUUAAUAUUAUUAUUGUUAUAAUUAUUUUAUGAGGACCUGAGAGUAUGAUGGUGUCAGACACAGCACUAUGUUUCCAUGUAUCUGCACUAAAUAAGGCUUUAUUAUGAAUGUAAUGAACAUGUCCAUGUGGGCCACGUGUGUGCUGUCCAUGUGUACUAACAGAAGUGUACAACAGCAAUAUUAACAGCCUGACGCUGCCAAGAUGCCAAGAUGUUCUUUUAGGGGACGUGUAACCAUGUGUUUUUCCAAAUGUAAAUGUAAAGUUAAGCUGGGUUUAAAAUUGAACGUUAAAAUUAGAAUUAGCUUCUGUAUUGCACCAUUAGCCUCUAAUCCCAAAAUAUAAAGAAUGUGAAGACGAUCUGUAACCUGUUCCAGGUCUGUCUGUACUCCCUAAGUGAACUUAAAGUGAUAUUUCCCACCCUUCAGUGAUGCUCUGGUCGGUCAGGGCCCAUUUUUGCUGCUGAUUAUGUUGCACAUGCUGUUCUGUGUCAUAGGACAGGAACCUAACACAGCUGGGGCUAAUAUGUUGUUAGCUUGGAGCCCAGAAAGCUCAGAGUUUCCCAAUUGUAUUAGAGGGUAACAGUUUCAUUUUUUCGUGAAAAUCUAAAGAUUGUUCGAGUUGGCAAAGGUGUAAAACAUAAAGAUCGGAGUGUAAAUGGACUACAUAUUGACGCUGUGGCCCACAUGGACAUGUUGAAAGGGGUUUUCUGCACUUUUAGGUUCCAGUAAAGCUGGGUUGAGAAAAAAAAUGCAACUGUCGGAAUGCUGAGCGACACUUUUGCUGUACUUCCACAUGUCAGAGCUACAACUGUGAAAAGUCAUUUGUGCGCUGCUCCAUGACUGAAUGUGUGUCGCGUGUGUGUGUCUCCAUCAGGGUGUCAUCCCUCACCGCUCGCUCUGUGCUAUUCUUCUGUCAUUACAGAGUAAAACCCUCAGUGUUUGAGUCAGGCUUUAAAAAUUGCACAUGCCCCCAGUAAUGACAAGACAAAAGUGUGUGUCUGUGUGUGUGUGUGUUUUCUCAUGUGAGAAUGUCUGGAAGGUAUGAAUUGCAGAAAUGAAUAAAAGAAGCUUGUCUCAAAACAUU